AUGUUAAACAGGACAGCUUUAUUGAUCCAAUGUGCAGUAAGAGUAUCAAGUACACCUACCGGUAAUCAGACAGAUCCACAAAUGAGUGAUACAUUCUAUGCUGGUGUAAAGUGUAAGGAGACCGCUGUGACAUCAUUAAAUAACCAAAAACUGUGCGGAAGUAGACUAACUGGAUGGCGGAAUACAACUACUCAUUCUUGUGUACAUCAACAUAAUGUUAACGACUGCAACUACAAUAGAAUAACUCAAAGUCUACCAACCUUCUCGAUAACUAUAACAGUGUCAAAUGAUCGACUUCAAUAUCCCGAGGACAAGACGUUUACUCUACAAUUAAAAACAGCAAAUAUAGCUCCACACCAAUUUUGGGAAAAUGCCAGUAUAGACCAUGUAACGGUAAUUUACCUCGGAGGAAGUCGAAAUCUUGAAUGGAAAAGAAGACAAUGUUCCGUUGUAAACGAUCCUACAUUAAGUACAUUUGAUGGGCCAUAUGAAUAUAUUGAUUCAUUUGCGCAUUACCUAAUGUACAGAGACAAAAUUCAUCUUACAGAAGUCCAAAUAAAAACUCAAAAGUGUGAUGCAGAUCACACAGCGUCAUGUACAUGCGCGGUUGCAAUUCAAGCUGGCGGUGACGUGUUUGCUUUCGAUAUACAUGUAUGUAACAAAGUUAAACGAGCAUCAUUUAUCCAUUGCCGAGGAAAUGUACUGAAUGUUAGAGAGAUAGCUAGCGACACUUAUGAGUGGCGUUGA